GAAUCCUCAUCAGGUGGUCGACCUCACAAAAUGAAAGGACUUUUUUGUACGGUAAGAGACUUAUAGCUUAGGGUUAAUUGUAUUUUUUAUAUUUAUAUAACUUGAUUGAGAUAUGGGGAUCACGAUCAAUGGCUAUUCUACUUUUGUAUAUGAAAACUAUAUAAACUAUGUCAACCACACGAUAUAUUCUCCACUAAUCUAUGUCAACCACACAAUAUAUUCUCCACUAAUCUAUGUCAACCACACAAUAUAUUCUCCACUAAUCUAUGUCAACCACACAACAUAUUAUCCACUAAUCUAUGUCAACCACACAAUAUAUUCUCCACUAAUCUAUGUCAACCACACAAUAUAUUCUCCACUAAUCUAUGUCAACCACACAAUAUAUUCUCCACUAAUCUAUGUCAACAACACAUUAUAUUCUCCACUAAUCUAUGUCAACCACACAAUAUAUUCUCCACUAAUCUAUGUCAACCACACAAUAUAUUCUCCACUAAUCUAUGUCAACCAUACAAUAUAUUCUCCCCUAAUCUAUGUCAACCACAGAAUAUAUUCUCCACUAAUCUAUGUCAACCACAGAAUAUAUUCUCCACUAAUAUAUGUCAACCACAGAAUAUAUUCUCCACUAAUCUAUAUCAACCACACAAUAUAUUCUACACUAAUCUAUGUCAACCACAAAAUAUAUUAUCCACUAAUCUAUGUCAACCACACAAUAUAUUCUCCACUAAUCUAUAUCAACCACACAAUAUAUUCUCCACUAAUCUAUGUCAACCACACAAUAUGUUCUCCACUAAUCUAUAUCAACCACACAAUAUAUUCUCUACUAAUCUAUGUCAACCACACAAUAUAUUCUCCACUAAUCUAUGUCAACCACAUAAUAUAUUCUCCACUAAUCUAUGUCAACCACAGAAUAUAUUCUUCACUAAUAUGUGUCAACCACACAAUGUAUUCUCCACUAAUCUAUGUCAACCACACAAUAUAUUCUCCACUAAUCUAUAUCAACCACACAAUAUAUUCUCCACUAAUCUAUGUCAACCACACAAUAUAGUCUCCACUAAUCUAUAUCAACCACACAAUAUAGUCCCCACUAGUCUAUGCAUAUGUCCAACAUAGUUGCAGAGAGACUAUGUUAACGUUUCACAAUUAUAUCCCUAUUAUCUAGUUAUAACUUUAAUUUUAAAAAAAUGCAACUGUUGUGAAAUCGAUAAGGAACGUGAAUGUUUGGUAGGGGGGAGUUUUCCACAGUGAGAGGUUUGGUGGGUUGUAGGUCGUGAGGUCAGAUCAUGAAGUUGGUUCUUGGUGUUAACUUAGCGUAUGUGUAUGUGGUGUAUGCCGAGUGUUUGUUGUGUAGAGAUAUAAAAGUCAGUGUGUUAGAUGAUGUCUUAGAGAGAGAGAGAGAGAGAGAGAGAGAGAGAGAGAGAGAGAGAGAGAGAGAGAGAGACAGAGGUGAGCUAGAGGGAGAGUGCGAGCGUGAGUGUUGUCAGAGUGAGAGUGCGAGCGCGAGUGUUGUCAGAGUGAGUGUGCUAUAUGUGUAUGUGUUGUAUGUGGAGUGAUUGUUGUGUGUAGAUAUAAAAGUGAGUGUGUUAGAUGAUGUCUUAGAGAGAGAGAGAGAGAGAGAGAGAGAGAGAGAGAGAGAGAGAGAGAGAGAGAGAGUCAGCGGUAAGCUAGCGGGAAAGUGCUAGCGUUAGUGUUGUCAGCGUGAAAGUGCUAGCGUUAGUGUUGUCAGCGUGAAUGUGCUAUUGUUAAUGUUGUCAGAAUCGAGAACUUUUUCUGAACUGACAGUUACUGUGACAAUAAAGAAUUGUGAAACUUCUCUCAUUGAACGUUUGUUGUUGUUCUUAAGUGUGGGCCAAACAUGAUUGUGUGACAGUGAAGUGUUAGCCAAGCAUGGCUGUGUGACAGUGAAGUGGUGGCCAAGCAUGACUGUGUGACAUUGAAGUGUGGACCAAGCAUGACUGUGUGACAGUGAAGUGUAGGCCAAGCAUGACUGUGUGACUAUGAAAGUGUUGGCCAAGCAUGGCUGUGUGACAGUGAAGUGUGGGCCAAGCAUGGCUGUGUGACAGUUAAGUGUUAGCCAAGCAUGACUGUGUGACAGUGAAGUUUGGGCCAUUCAUUGCUGUGUUACAGUGAAGUGUGGGCCAAGCAUGGCUGUGUGACAGUGAAGUUUUGGCUAAGCAUGACUGUGUGACUGUGAAGUGUUGGCCAAGCAUGGCUGUGUAACAGUGAAGUGUGGGCCAAGCAUGGCUGUGUGACAGUGAAGUUAGACAACGGAGCUUGUAAUGUAUAACAAUCGGACGACUCGACACAGGAACCGCCUUAAGAAAAGAGAUGUAAGAGAUUUCGAAACCCUGACGUUUCCUUUAAUAGGAAAGUUCUUAACAGUCACCGUAAAAAUAAAAAAGACGGAUGUAUUCUAUCAUUCCAUAAAAGUAUUAUUAGCAUUUUUUCUAAUGGUCUGUCUCCAUCAACACCAGGUGUUUGUCCUGCUCCUGACACAACCGCUGAACUCCUGCAAGAGGUACUAUGAAAGAAGGUGCGGCUUCUACGUGUUGCCAAGACUGCCUCUGUCCAUCUACCAUGACUCGUAUAUGAGCCUCCGGUACCCGACCGUUGCUCCGGUGGUGACGCCACUGCCACACGGGCUGCCAGCGGAACUCCAGGAGGCUCCUAAGGAUUGCGGUACCAUGGGUGUCAACAUGGAUUCGAGCAUAAUCCACGGGAACAACGCCCCAGAGAACUCCUGGCCAUGGCAAGCGUUCGUGCAAGGAGAGACUAAAGUAUGCAGUGGCGUCUUGAUUGCCGAGUCAUGGAUACUCACAGUAGCCCACUGCAUCAACAAUACACGCGCGAUAACCCUGGGUCGUAUCCAUGUGGAUAGGUGGGAGGCGAAUACUAUCCAGCGCAGUGCGGCUAUGGAGAUCCUACACAAACAUUACGACCAGAGGUCUAAAGGCGGUGACAUUGCGCUCAUCAAGCUCAGUUCCCCGGUGGAGUUUAACAAUAAUGUGAGACCCAUUUGUUUACCAACGAAAUCGGAAAUUCCCAAAAUACCAGUGACUUGUGUGGUCACUGGAUGGGGGCUGACAAACCCAAAGCUGGAGCUCAUCCACAACCACCUUCAACAGCUCAAGGUCAACAUCCUGCCUCAAAGACGAUGCCGGUUUCUAUGGAGCCUGAAGGGCUUGACCAUCCACAAUGGUCACGUGUGCUUGGACUUCAAUGCAACAUCCCCACAUGCAGGGGUCUGCAAAGGGGACUCUGGGGGACCACUGAGUUGUCAAGUGAAUGGGCGAUACUACCUUUACGGGCUGGGGAGCUUUGUGGAGGGAGGGUGUCAGAAAGAAUUAAUUCCUGAUGUCUUCACACGAGUGACUGAGUACAUGGAUUGGAUACACGAAACUAUCAGAGUUAAUAGUUGAAGGAAAGUGUACACGGAACUAUCAGAGUUAAUAGUUGAAGGAAUGUGUACACGGAUCUAUCAGAGUUAAAAGUUAAAGAAAUAUGUACACCAAACUAUCAGAGUUAAUAGCUAAAGAAAUGUGUAUACCAAACUAUCAGAGAUAAUAGCUAAAGAAAUGUGUAUACCAAACUAUCAGAGUUAAUAG